GGGGGGGGGCGGGUUGUGUUAGGUGUCACCUACCAGAGGCCAUGACCAUAGCACAAGAGCUAUGACUAUACUUCUCCUUACACAGCUUCUCACUCUUCACCACCAAUCAAGCAAAUAUCCACAAAGCAAAGAAUAACAAUGAAACUAUUAAAAUUAGACUUUUCUCAUGCGAUCUGAAGGCAUGGAGAUGGAGUGGAGUGAAUUUGAAAAGCGGGUUUUGCAGACACUGAAGGGGUGCCAAGAGGGGAAGGACAACCCUCUGAUAUGGGCAAUGGAGAUUGGGAAGUGGGCGGUUCGUGUGCCAAGUCCUGAGCUGGGAGAGGUUUUGGUUUCCCAUCUCUGCUUCCACAACAAUCAUCCUUCUCUAUGGAAGUUCCUCCAUCAAGCUCUUUCUUCCACCCUCCUAUUCCCUCUCCAUGUCCUCUCUCUCCUCACUGCCAGGGUAAUUCCUCGUCGACUCUCUCAACCGGAGGCAUACAGAAUCUAUCUUGAGCUUGUAACCCGAUAUGCAUUUGCGUUUGACCCAAUUCCUGCAGAUGCCUCCAAAGAUAAGAUAGUAAAAGAUGUUGAUCAUGCCCUUCAUCUUUCUCAAAUAUAUGAGGUUCGUGUUAGGGAUCUUGGACAUGCAUGGGUGUUGUUCUUCUUCAGUGUUAUUGUUCGCUUGAUUGAUAGCACAUUGAAUGAUUGGGGAUUGCUAAUCACAUCUCUGGACAGACCACGUUUAGAAUUUGGAUCUGCAGAUCACCAUGAUGAGGACACAGAUUCCAAAGAGAGUCAUAAUUCUGAAAGAAAUGAAAACCGUAAACAGCUACAAAGAAUGAAUUCUUUAAUGGCCAUGGAGGUGUUGGGAAAACUAACAGAAAGCAGAAAAGCCAUGGUUUUGCUUCGCCUUGUUCGCUUGAAUAUGCCUGAAAAAUUCAAUGGCCUACUACAAAGGGUACAGUUCCUAAAAGCUCAUCAAUUGGCAUCCUCAGAUUUGAAGCCUAGAAUCCAACUGUUGGCAAAAUUUCUUGCCAACAUCCAGAGAGUUUUGGGGUUUGAGUACCGGUUAAACAGGCACAAACUCAUUGGGAUGCUUAUUAAUGUUGGUUCACAUAAGCCUGUGUCCCACUGUGAUUCUGAGUCUGGUAAGUCUGCUUGUUGGAUUCCUUUAGAUAUUUACAUGGAGAAUGCAAUGGACGGAAAGCAACUUCCAAUUAAAUCGGCUACUGAUGUGCUUGCAGAAGCAAUUAUAUCACUUCAAGUACUUAACCAGGCAAGCUGGCAAGAAACCUUCCUAGCGCUCUGGCUUUCAGCCCUUCGACUUGUUCAACGAGAACGUGACCCUCUAGAAGGUCCCAUUCCACACCUUGAGGCCCGUCUUAGUGUGCUUUUAUCUAUUGUGCCAUUGGCAAUUUCUAAAGUUUUAGAGGAUGAAACUAAAUUGUAUACCUCUCCAUGUAAGACGACUACAAUGUCUGGGUCUGAGGAGACGCGAUAUGGACAUGAUGUGGAUGGGAAGCCUCAUACUUCAAGAAAACAAGGAUUGAUCUGCUCCCUUCAGGUUAUUGGACAGUUUUCAAGUCUCUUAUGUCCUCCUGCAUCAGUUGUUGGUGCAGCUAACAGUGCAGCUGCUAAAGCAGCUGGCUUCAUACUUAACUCGAAGAAUGCUGGUUUAGGUGGAGGCAGUCAUGUUGGAAAUAUGAGGCACCUCAUUUUGGAAGCUUGCAUUGCAAGAAAUUUAAUAGACACAUCUGCUUAUUUUUGGCCUGGCUAUGUGUCUGUUUCAGCAGUCUCUCCAUCGGAGACAUCAGUAAUUGAAAAAUCUCCUUGGUCAAUAUUUAUGGAAGGAGAGCGAUUGAGUGGUUCCUUAAUUGAUUCCCUUUUCACUACUUCUGCUUCAAGUUUAGUGGAGAUAGAGAAGAUAUAUCAUAUUGCACUAAAUGGGUCAGAGGAGGAGAAGUCAGCAGCAGCAAAGAUUCUCUGUGGUGCAUCCCUGAGAAGAGGAUGGAACAUUCAGGAACAUGUGGUGAGCUUUGUGGUAAAGCUUCUUUCUCCUCCUGUACCUUCCGAUUAUAUUGGACCAAGGAGUCACUUAAUUGAUUAUAUGCCAAUGUUGAGUGCUAUCCUUUUUGGAGCUUCCUCUAUUGAUACUGUCCAUAUACUUUCUUUGCAUGGUAUGGUUCCCGAAGUUGCUGCUUCUUUAAUGCCACUUUGUGAGGUCUUUGGGUCACUUAAACCUACAUCAAGUAACAAGUCAAGCAUGGAAGAUAAUCCCUCCGUUCACAUGGUUUUCUCUUUAGCAUUUCUUCUUCUUAUUCGCCUUUGGAAAUUUUAUAGACCCCCUCUCGAGCAGUGCAUGAUGGAGCAUGGAGGAGCGGCUGGAGGAGAGCUUACUCUGGAGUAUCUUUUAUUUUUGCGCAAUAGCCGGAUAGCAUCUUCUCAGCAUGAAAAAAACAGCAUUUCGGCUCAGAUUGAAUAUGCAUCUGACAUGCCUAUAUAUAUUGAUUCUUAUCCAAAGUUACAAGCCUGGUAUUGUCAAAACAAAUCUUGUAUAUCUUCAACAUUCUCCAGCAUCUCUAGAGGGAAUCCUGUCCAUCAGGUUGCUAAUGAGAUUUUAAAUAUGCUAUACUGGAAAGUUACUAAAACAGGGUCUGAAUUUACUGGAGAAGAAGCUUACCAGAAACCAUUGCUUCCUGCGUGGGAGGUUUUGGAAGCUAUUCCAUAUGUUCUUGAGGCAAUUUUAAGUGCUUGUGCCCAUGGAAGGCUUUCCCCUCGGGACUUGACAACAGGCCUGCGGGACCUUGUUGACUUUCUGCCUGCAUCUCUAGUUGCCAUUAUUAGUUACUUCUCUGCAGAGGUUACUCGUGGUAUAUGGAAACCAGUUCCGAUGAAUGGAUCAGAUUGGCCAAGUCCAGCAGCAAUCCUUCAAUCAGUUGAGUCCGAAAUUAAAGAAAUACUUGCUGAUGUUGGUGUAAAUGCUCUGAGAUGCUCAUCUGAGAUUUCACCAAUAUUGCUUCCACUGCCCAUGGCUGUUCUAGUUAGUUUAACCAUUACCUUUAAGCUUGACAAGAGCCUUGAGUACAUCCAUGCUGUUGCCGGUCCAGCUUUAGAGAACUGUGCUUCAGGUUGCCCAUGGCCUAGUAUGCCAAUUAUAGGCUCCCUAUGGGCUCAAAAGGUUAGCCGCUGGCAUGAUUUCAUUGUUGUAUCAUGCUCUCGCUCUGUAUUUAGACAAGACAAAGAGGCUGUUGCCCAGCUCAUCGGAAGUUGCUUCACCUCAUUUCUUGGUUCGCUCCACGUUACGAGCCUUUCAUUGUCCAACCAAAGUAGUGUGAAUGGUCUGCUGGGAUUCACUAUACCAUCUUGCAGCAUUCGUCCUUCUGUAGCACCAGGAUUUCUGUAUCUUCGCUCGUGUCGAGCAAUACAAAAUGUCCAGUAUGUGAAUGAUGUAAUUGUAGGUCGGGUAGCAGGGUAUGCUAAAGAGUUAGGCACCAGGUGGGUGAGUAUGAACUCCCCUUGUUUGAAGUCUAGUGAAACUUCACUCUGUGUGGCAGCUUCCAAGGCAAGGGAGGUUGCUACUCUCGGUGCAAGCCUCUUGUGUGUCACAGGUGGGGUGCAGCUGGUCCAGGAACUGUACCGGGAGACCAUCCCAACAUGGCUGCUGUCAGCGAAGCAAGAUACACUUGGAGAGGUCGAUGCUAUAUCCCAUGUAUUGGAGGGUUAUGCUAUGGCAUAUUUAUUGAUUCUGUCAGGCUCAAUAGUGUGGGGUGUAGGUGCCAAACUACCAUCAUCCGCAUCCUCUAGGAGACCCCGGAUUGUUGGGAUUCAUAUGGACUUUCUGGCAAGGGUAUUGGAAGGGAACAUAUCGCUUGGCUGCAAUCCUGCAACUUGGAAAGCUUAUGUGUCCUGCUUGAUGGGAUUAAUGGUGAACUUCACUCCAACUUGGAUUGAACAGGUGAAGCUGGAGAGUUUAAGGAACUUGGCCAGUGGACUGAGAGGGUGGCAUGAAUGUGAACUGGCUCUUUCUCUUCUUGAAAGAGGCGGGGCUGCUGCCAUAGGAUCAGUUGCAGAACUGGUGACUGCAAUUAGUUGAAUUUUUACAAGUAAUGUACAAAUUUGUGUUAUUUUGUGAUUUAUAAGAAGAUAGACUGCCUCCAACAUAGUUGUGAAACGAGGAUGAAGUUGUUCUGCUGUCAAUGGCCCUUUCUUCAACUCAUCUCUACCAUUUCCAAACCAAAGUAACGGUGAAGAAGAAAUCUCAAUGAGCAGUGUUUUUGGCCUUUUGACAAACGGAUUCGGCUUUUAGUGCAUGGUGAAUAUAAAACGCAAAAACAUUGAAAAAACCAUUUUUAUGCAUCAACAGUGACAAACAUGCCAAAGACAGUGAUACUGAUGGUUGUAUCAUGGGCUGAGGCUGGGAUGCUACUUUACUU